GCCAUGCCGGGGCUGGUGGGUGAGGAGGGGCCCCAAGGCUGGAGCCCAGCCCCGGCACUGUAUGAAGAGUACCGCCCUCUGCCACUGGACUCGGUCCGCCUGCCCAGAUACGCGCUGUACCUGCUGUUGGCCGCGCUCCUGGUGGUGGCUGUGGCCUAUGCCAUCGUUGGGCAUCUCAUCAAGGACCUCGCCCACGACCUGGCUGACUGGGCUUUCGGGCCGAAGCCGGACCAGGGGGAUGCCCCCCGGGAGCUGCGCCCCAGCCUGGAGCGGGAGGACCUGGAAGAACUGGACUUUGAGCUGGCCCUGGCCUGGCAGGGUGAUGAGGACACUGGUGCAGCCCAUGAGGGGGUUCCUGAAGAAACCCCCAUGAGGCCUUCCCGCUGCCCCUCCAUCACUUUCAAGGACCCACCCACCCGAAGCUCCUUCUGGAGGCUGCGCUGAGCCAAGCGUCCCUCGGGCCUGGGGACCCAAUUCGGCCCCCUGUGGCCUCUGUAUGACAGGACUUGUGUGCACCGGAGCCUUCUCUUGCCUGAAAAGGCUGU